GGAUCAUCACGUCCGACCCCUGCCCCUGGCAGGAAAGAGGGCCGAGGGCAGACGACCCUAGCCAGGAGUCUCUAGUGUUUACACAGGUCAGCUGCUUUGGUUCAGCCGGUACCCCUGGACUGUAACCUUCAUCCCUAUCAGCCAGAAAGCUGGGUUUGGGUGAAACAACAUCAGCGAAAAACUGCCUUGGCUCCAGUCUGGGCAGCUUUCUCCAGUACCACCCAAGCAAAAGAAUCUGAGCCUUUCUGGGGACCUUUUAGCGAAAGUAAAAUAUAAAAGAAAAAAAGAAAAGAAUUACUUUUUGAGAGCUAGAUGACUAAAAGCAACGGAGAAGAUCCACGAUCUGGAAGUAGGAUGGAGCGUUUUCAGCAAGGAGUCUGGAAACGUACAUUAAUGGAAAAAAAGAAAGUGCAGAGCAUAACAAAGGAUGAUGUUAAAAGCUACUUACUAAGGAAUGCCUUUGUGCUCCUAACCAUCAUUGCUGUCAUUGUUGGUAUAAUCGUUGGAUUUUGCCUCCGACCAUACAACAUGAGUUACCGAGAAGUCAAAUACUUUGCCUUUCCAGGAGAACUAUUGAUGAGAAUGCUGCAAAUGCUGGUCCUUCCCCUUAUUGUAUCCAGUUUAGUUACAGGAAUUGCUGCCCUGGAUAGUAAAGCAUCAGGGAAGAUGGGAAUCCGAGCUGUAGUCUACUACAUGAGUACAACGAUCAUUGCUGUAUUGAUUGGUAUUAUCAUUGUGGUCAUCGUCCACCCUGGGAAAGGUACAAAGGAAAAUAUGCACAAAGAAGGCAAAAUUAUGCAUGUGACAGCAGCAGAUGCCUUUCUUGAUUUAAUCAGAAACAUGUUCCCUCCAAACUUGGUAGAAGCCUGCUUCAAACAGUUCAAAACAUACUAUGUUAAGAGAGAAUUUCAAGUAGCAAUUCCACCCAGUGAAACCUCCACUAUGGCUUCUGUAAUCAGCAACGUCUCAGAGGCAAUGGAAACCCUAACUCAAAUAGAGGAGGAGAUUAUCCCUGUUCCAGGAUCUGUAAAUGGAGUGAAUGCACUGGGACUGGUGGUUUUUUCAAUAAGCUUUGGAUUGGUGAUUGGGAGCAUGAAGGAGCAAGGGCAGCCAUUAAAGGACUUCUUUGAUAGCCUUAAUGAAGCUAUCAUGAGAUUGGUAGCUCUAAUCAUGUGGUAUGCUCCGCUUGGUAUCCUUUUCUUGAUUGCUGGAAAGAUUGUUGAGAUGGAAGACAUGGGUGUAAUUGGUGGACAACUUGCCAUGUACACUGUAACAGUUAUCAUUGGUUUGCUCAUUCAUGCAAUUAUUGUUUUACCACUUCUCUACUUCCUGAUCACCCGUAAAAACCCUUGGAUAUUUAUUGGAGGAUUGCUUCAGGCACUGAUUACAGCUUUGGGAACAUCUUCAAGUUCUGCCACCCUACCUGUUACAUUUAAAUGCCUAGAAGAAAAUAAUGGAGUGGAUAAGCGUGUUACAAGAUUUGUACUCCCAGUGGGUGCUACAAUCAACAUGGAUGGCACAGCUUUGUAUGAGGCUUUGGCUACAAUUUUCAUUGCACAAGUUAACAAUUUUGAUCUGAACUUUGGGCAGAUUAUCACAAUCAGCAUCACAGCUACAGCUGCCAGUAUUGGGGCUGCAGGAAUUCCUCAGGCCGGACUGGUCACCAUGGUCAUUGUGUUGACAUCUGUAGGUUUGCCUACGGAUGAUAUCGCUCUCAUCAUUGCAGUGGAUUGGUUCUUGGACCGUCUUCGUACCACUACCAAUGUCUUGGGAGACUCCAUUGGUGCAGGAAUUGUUGAACAUUUGUCACAGCAUGAACUGAAGAGCGGAGAUGCUGAGAUGGGUAAUUCUGUGACAGAAGAGAAUGAAAUGAAGAAACCAUAUCAACUCAUCUCACAGGAAAAUGAGAGUGAAAAACCAUUAGACAGUGAAACCAAGAUGUAGGAUCAAACAGGCAUGUAUCCAACACUAGAACUGUGGGAAACAUACUGCUCCAACCAUUUAUACCUUGUUUUCACCAAGUCCAUUUAGUCCAUGUUUCUCAAUAUUAUGCAAACCUGGGAAAUGGCCAGCAGGCCAUAGGCCUUUGGCCAUAAGGGGGGAUUGUUAGAAAAUAUUGUUGGAAAAUUAAUGUGACCUUCGUAUGACCUUAGGUCAAUGCUGGCUGAUGCAACCUUGCACUAAGAUUGUCAUGGUCUGUCAAUCUGGGCGAGCAAGCAAGGUGAUUGGGCCCAGCCAUGUGGGGUGAGCAAAGUCAAACCAUCUUGGUAAAUUUCUGCUGAGUUUUGCGCAUGCCUUAUAAGGAAGCUUAUGUAACCAAAGCUUAUAAAUACAUGUGCUGAGUUGCAGUCGGGGUCUCUCUGCCCUUACAAGGACAGGGGACCUUCCGCCGAAUAAACUGAAAAGACCACACCCUCGUCUCCCGCUUAUU